GCACACCAUUCAGAGGAAGGCCACGAGGAAGAGUCAUGGUCAGCAGUGCUGUGUGAGACUAGAUAUAUUUCUUCUCUGGUUUCACAUGAAAGGUCCUCGCUGUGCAACUUUAACAUCAAUUAGUAAUGUGAAACUGGCAUUACAAAAAUCAGUCUAAGAGUUUCUCAGGAACCAGAGCAGCAGGAGUAACAUCCUGUCAAAACCCAGCUUUACACCAUGGAGUCUAAGGAUGAGCAACAACCCACAAGCAGCUCUGUGGGAAGAAGCCCCAGCCAACAGUACAGAUCAAACCCAUCCACAUCCCAACACCCUGAAAGUCCACGGAAUUUCAGCUAUAACGGGAGUAUUUCACCAGUCGACACCAGUCUGCAUUAUGAACCACGGGAGUACACAGAGACAGACUUUCUGCUCCCCUGUAAACUCUACGGUGGGUCAAGGCUCAGUGGAUCCGUGGGGACAAAGGAUGCAGUUCGCCCAAGUGUACCUGCAGAGUCAGUCUGCUCCAUGGUCUUGCAGAUCCUGGUGCCAUUUCUGCUGGCCGGGUUUGGCACAGUCUCUGCUGGGAUGCUGCUGGAUGUGGUUCAGAACUGGGAUGUGUUCCAGGAAAUCACAGAGCUCUUCAUCCUGGUCCCUGCUGUAUUGGGCAUGAAGGGAAAUCUGGAAAUGACUCUGGCUUCUAGACUCUCAACUGCUGUGAGUGUGAACACAGGAAAAAUGGAGUCUGCCAGAGAAAAAUGGAUGUUGAUUGUUGGGAACCUGGCGCUCAAGCAGCUUCAAGCCACAGUGUUGGGCUUGUUAGCCUCUCUGAUGGCAACUGUCUUGGGCUGGAUGGCAGAGGGAAAGAUGCCCUUUAAUCACGUAGUUCUUUUGUGCUCAGCCAGUGUUUCUACAGCCUUUGUGGCUUCAUUGCUGCAAGGUAUCAUCAUGGUGGCAGUGAUCAUUGGGUCCAAGCGAAUGGGAAUCAACCCUGACAAUGUGGCGACGCCCAUGGCAGCCAGCUUUGGGGAUCUCAUCACUCUGGCCUUGCUGGCCUGCUGCAGUCAGUGGUUCUACUCUUUCACAGAACUGUAUCCCUAUGUGCUGUACCUGGUGGACCUGUUAUUUUUGUGCCUGAUCCCUCUCUGGGUGGUCAUCUCCUCCAAACACCCAGCCAGCAACAUCCUGCUUCGCACAGGUUGGGAACCAAUCAUUACAGCAAUGGUCAUCAGCAGCAUUGGAGGACUUAUUCUGGACAAGUCUGUGUCAGAUCCAAACUUGGCAGGAAUCAUAGUUUAUGCUCCGGUCAUAAAUGGUAUCGGAGGAAACCUUGUCUCCAUACAGUCGAGUCGUAUUUCUACAAAUCUGCAUUUGAAUUUCUCACCUGGAGAGGUUCCUGAGGACCGUAAGAGCUGCUGCCACAGCCCUUGCCGCACUUUCUUUGGUUCAGGAGCAAACCAUCGAUCUGCCCGGAUCCUGCUUCUUUUGGUCCUCCCUGGUCAGUUGAUCUUCUUAUACACCAUCCACCUGAUGAAAGGUGGACACACUUUCCCCAGUCCUCUCUUAACUGUCGUCUUCUUGUCUGCUUCCCUGAUUCAGGUCUUCUCCCUGCUGUGUAUAGCCGAUUGUAUGGUCCACUGGCUAUGGCGGAGACGUAAAGACCCCGACAGUUACUCAAUACCCUACCUCACAGCCCUUGGAGACUUUCUGGGGACUGCCCUCCUCUCUCUUGCCUUUCUCCUGCUAUGGUGCGUUGGUGACUCAGGCAGAGUAUAGGCUCAAAACAAGAGAAGGCUUGAGGCAGAACAAAUUCAGUACUUAGAGUGGUAAUGGAAGGAAGUCUUUUGGUUAGGGGUUUUCCUAACUUUAGAUAGGCUUCUUGAAGCGGAGUGACUGGGCAGGUUUUUGGGUUCGUCUGAGCAUUCUCGGACCGGUGUCAGGCUCGUAACGAGGCGAGUAAAAGAAGAAUCGUAAUUACAAUUUCAAUUUCUUUGUGAGAUACCCCACUUCCUGCUUUCUCAUCAAGAUACCAGGUCCUUUUGAGUUUUAAAUUGUGAUGUCUAGACCUCUUAAAACCUCUCACCUGGAUACAAAACCCUGCAGGAUACCCAAGGUGUGAGACACACCCCUGAAAAGGGUGUGAAAGCGUGUU